UUCAAAAUGGCAGUCGAAAAUGGACAAAAAUCUUCAGCAACCAGCUUUGAAAUUCACCUAAAUGAAAUUGUUAUAGGAAAGCGUCGCUUGAGAUACAUUUAUAAAUACAAACCGAAUAUUAUUGAUACAGCUUUGCAUGGAAACUGCGAAUGCACACCUUUAUUUUUAGGUUGUGAUCUUUUGGAUGAGUGUCAUGGAAUUGGCAUUAGUUCCGCAAAUAUGCCCCGUUUUCAUGCAAAGAACGCUAAACAAGGCUUUGCAACCAAACUCAUGUUCAGGUCUGGUGUUAGAAUUGUGGGAAUUCAUGGAUCCUCGCGUGGUGUGUGGUUUUAUAGCAUUCAAGGUUUGUUCAAAACUGCGUUCAAUUGUUUUAGCAGAGAAGAACAGAAUGAUUGUCUUCUAAAACUUUCACAUGUUUGGCGUAAGCAAAUUGGUGAUCCGCUUUUGAAAUACGAAGUUCAAGUUGUUGUAGGCAACGCCAUUGCAGAAAGUAGAGGUAUUCUUUCAGAAAUGACAGAGACAGUUACAGAAUCCUCUAGAAAAUCGGAGAUUGAAUCAUUUGCAGAAAAAGGAGGUAUUGUUUUGCAUCAGGCAAGUGAGACCACUGACAAAUUCGUUAGUAUAAACCGUUGGCAGGAGGUUAAAGAUGACAUUAAAGUAUUAAAGUCUUACGCUUACAGUACAAAUGCUGGAGUUGAAAACUCUUUUGUUGCAAGAACUCUGAAACUGAUAAAGCGUUGUUUGACUCUUCUCUCUCAAAUUGAAAAAAGAACGGAAUUAACAAAAGCGUAUGACUUAUCAAUUAGGUCAUCAAGUUCGAGCCACGAUAAUCAUGAGUUGAAUAGUUUUGCUUCAACAAAAGAAGCUGAGGAUUGUAUAGAAGAAUCGCUAAUUGUGGAAAUUUCAAAGUGGCUUGGUGACGAGUUCUGUCGUUAUAAGGGCACUAUUUUGAAAAAUGUAAUUUCUUUUAAAGAGAAGAAUCUUUAUCGCAUUAGAGAACUUUCUCCGGCCAAAGAUCUAGUGCGCGAAGUGUUCCCAGCAUCAAUGCUAAUUUUCCUAUGUUCUUGGUUACAAAUACCGCUUUGUUUAAAAGCACCUGAAGAAUUGGAGUUUCCAGAUCAUAGGACGAAACUUUUUCCCGUCAUUCAAUUGAUUUUAGAGCUAGCAAACGAAAGUCUUUUGUCGGGAGUAGCUCACGUCUUGUUUUCACAACUAGUGCAGUCUGAGAAUGUACAGUAAAUACAUAAAAAUUUCAUAAUUUGAAACUUGAGCAUGCUUGUAACAAGGCAAGUGUCGAUACCUUUGUUGUACUUUAGUUCAAUUUCGAAAUCACGUUUCUGCACGUUGCCCUUGCAAAUUUUCCAUAACAUUUUCAAAAUGAUCAUCGCAGUUCUCAAAUGGCUGUCACAACAUAAAUACACUCACGUCAUUCAGUUUGUGUGCGAGUGCAGCUUUUCAAAAAACAGGCGCUCAACAGACCCAAACAUUCUCUUUCAGUCUUACAGAUUGAUACGUAUGUAUAUAAAUCUAUGUGGGGAAUAGUAUGUCUGUAAACUAAACAUUUGAUUAUUAUACGUUAAGUUCGCUUUAACAUCAAA